ACGCUGCCGCCGUCGCGGGGUCGGGUGAGGAUUUGUUUUGCUCUCGUCGCCCCGUCUCCGUCGCCAUGAACCGGCUGUUCGGUCGAGCCAAGCCCAAGGGGCCCCCGCCUAACCUGACGGACUGCAUCGGCAGCGUUGAUGGAAGAGCAGAAUCUAUCGAUAAGAAGAUCGCCAGACUUGAUGUUGAAUUAGCCAAAUACAAAGACCAGAUGAAGAAAAUGAGAGAGGGUGCAGCAAAGAACAUGGUAAAGCAAAAAGCAAUGCGCAUUUUAAAGCAGAAGAGGAUGUAUGAGCAACAGAGGGACAACCUAAUGCAACAGUCAUUCAAUAUGGAGCAAGCCAACUAUACCAUACAGUCAUUGAAAGACACAAAGACCACGGUGGAUGCAAUGAAAACUGGUGUCAAGGAAAUGAAGAAAGCUUACAAACAAGUCAAGAUUGAUCAGAUUGAGAACAUACAAGAUCAAUUAGAAGACAUGAUGGAAGAAGCAAAUGAUGUGCAGGAAGCCUUGAGUCGCAGUUAUGGAACACCAGAAAUUGAUGAAGAUGAUUUGGAAGCAGAACUGGAUGCACUUGGUGACGAACUUCUAGCUGAUGAAGACUCUUCCUAUUUGGACGAGGCUGCAUCUGCACCGUCUAUUCCUGAGGGUGUUCCAAGUGACGCAAAAACCAACAAGGAUGGUGUACUAGUGGACGAAUUUGGCUUGCCACAGAUUCCUGCAACUUAACUAAUAGCUCUCAAGCAAAUUUGUAAUUAAAUGAUUUUUUGUACAUAUGCCAUCAUUUCUUGAGGUAUUAUUUCAAAUCAAAAUGUCAUGACCUUCACUGCAUUAUGGAAUGUGGCUUGGAAAACAUAUUUGAUAUCAUAACAUGGGUUUCUAUUUAAUUCCUUUAAAUAAUGUGCAAGAAAUAUCUUGUAGAAUUUACCUCUUAAAGUCUGUGUACUUUGAUUAACAUGUGUACUAUUUUGCUUGCAAUGGAUACUAAGCAUGAUUAUACAAAAACUGAUUUGUGGAAAAUACGUGGGAUUGCAAUUUGCUGACGUACUUUAAUAAACUGGCUGCAGACAAAUAUUUAAGCUCUGUAAAUCUAUCUUCCUUAUUAUUACAAUAAAUAAUUAUUUUCAGACAAUUGUAGCCUUCUAAUUAAUAAACACCCAUUUACAACUAAAGAACUGACUUUUAAUCAGUUUUGCUGAAUUGAAUGAAACUAAUUUAUGUAAAAUAUUGAAAAUCUAUUUGGUGUGGUUGAAAUAAGUUGACCAAACAAGCAAGAUGAAAGGAUUUUGUGACACCAGUUUUGACUGUGGCUCUCCGAUUCCGUUUACUAUAUGCUGGCAGUGAUUGAUUCUGAAAUAUUUUAAUGUACAGGAGCAUUGGCUCAACAUGGCUUUUUUUUCUUUAUGAACGCUGUCUUUUUUCAAUCAAUUGACCGAUUCUUCCCAUAAUAUAGGUGAUAUUUGUCAAAUCUAUUUCAUUUAAUUAUUUUGUGGGAAACUAAAGUCAGUGAUCUGAAGCAGGAGCACAUUAAUGCGGGAAUCAAGAUGAUGGUGUGAUUCAAACUAAAGCAGAGUUAUUUUACAUCUGACAUAAUUAUUUCAUAUGUUGGGAAUAUUUUAUAACAUUGGUGUAAUCCUGUGGUAUUAAUAUAUAGCCUUGUACAAAAACCUACUUUAUCAACUUGGAUUAAUGAAAAGAUUGUCUACCUAAAAUGUUUUAAAUGUAAAAAUAAAAAAACUUAGACAUGC